UGGAACGGCACGCCCGCCCCUUCGCUGCUAGGCUCGCGUCGCGUCCGCGCUCCCAGGCUCCCCGGUUCUCUUAAAUGUUUUCUUGGAGCCUUAAAAAUGGAGACCACAGGAAUGGCUGGUGUGUCACUGAAACGUGGGUCCCUUGCCGUGAAAGAUAAUGAUAGUCAAGCUCCAGGGGAGGAAGUAAAAAGACAGAAGGUCUCAGAAUGCUGUCUGAGCGAGGGUCAGGAUGGGCUAGAAAGUGACUCUCUACCCAGCGAUGAGAAUGUGCCUGCAGUGCCUGAAGCUGUAAGUGCUGGGGAAGGUAAAAACAAUUCUGAUGCUCCGUUAGAAGACGAGGAAGAGGAGGAAGAAGAUGGCCUUUCAGAGGAAGGUGAAGAGGAAGAGGAAGUGGAGAGUUUCGCAGACAUGAUGAAGCAUGGACUUACCGAACUUGAUGUAGGCAUUACCAAGUUUGUAAGUUCCCAUCAAGGAUUCUCAGGAAUCUUAAAAGAAAGAUACUCUGACUUCGUUGUUCAUGAGAUAGGAAAAGAUGGACGGAUCAGCCAUUUGGAUGACUUGUCUGUUCCAGUGGAUGAAGAGGAUCCUUCAGAAGAUGUAUUUACGGUUUUGACAGCUGAAGAAAAGCAGCAUUUGGAAGAACUCCAGCUUUUUAAAAAUAAGGAAACCAGUGUUGCCAUUGAGGUUAUUGAGGAUACCAAAGAGAAAAGAACUGUCAUCCAUCAAGCUAUUAAAUCUCUGUUUCCAGGAUUAGAGACAAAAACAGAGGAUAGAGAGGGGAAGAAAUAUAUUGUUGCCUACCAUGCAGCUGGAAAGAAGGCUUUGGCAAAUCCAAGAAAACAUUCUUGGCCGAAAUCUAGGGGGAGUUACUGCCACUUUGUAUUAUACAAGGAAAAUAAAGACACCAUGGAUGCUAUCAACGUACUGUCGAAAUAUUUAAGAGUCAAGCCAAACAUAUUCUCCUACAUGGGAACCAAAGAUAAAAGGGCUAUAACAGUUCAAGAAAUUGCUGUUCUCAAAGUAACUGCUCAAAGACUUGCCCACUUGAACAAGUGCUUGAUGAACUUUAGGCUCGGGAAUUUCAGCUAUCAGAAAAACCCUUUGAAAUUGGGAGAGCUUCAGGGAAAUCACUUCACUGUUGUUCUCAGAAAUAUAACAGGAACUGAUGAGCAAGUACAACAAGCCAUGCACUCUCUUAAAGAGAUUGGAUUUAUUAACUAUUAUGGAAUGCAGAGAUUUGGAACUACAGCUGUCCCUACGUAUCAGGUUGGAAGAGCUAUACUACAAAAUUCCUGGGCUGAAGUCAUGGAUUUAAUAUUGAAACCCCGUUCCGGAGCCGAAAAGGGGUACUUGGUCAAGUGCAGGGAAGAAUGGGCGAAAACCAAAGACCCAGCUGCUGCCCUCAAAAAACUACCCAUCAAAAGGUGUGUGGAAGGGCAGCUGCUUCGAGGACUUUCAAAAUAUGGAAUGAAGAAUAUAGUCUCUGCAUUUGGCAUAAUACCAAGAAAUAACCGCUUAAUGUAUAUCCAUAGCUACCAAAGUUACGUGUGGAAUAACAUGGUGAGCAAGAGGAUAGAAGAGUACGGGCUGAAACCUGUUCCAGGCGACCUUGUUCUCAAAGGAGCCACAGCCACCUAUAUUGAGGAGGAUGAUGUUAAUAAUUAUUCCAUCCAUGAUGUGGUAAUGCCCUUGCCUGGUUUCGAUGUUAUCUACCCGAAGCAUAAAAUUAGUGAAGCCUACAGGGAAAUGCUAACAGCAGACAGUCUUGAUAUUGACAACAUGAGACACAAAAUUCGAGAUUAUUCCUUAUCAGGGGCGUACCGAAAGAUCAUUAUUCGUCCUCAGAAUGUCAGCUGGGAAGUCGUUGCCUAUGAUGAUCCUAAAAUCCCACUUUUCAACACAGAUGUGGACAACCUGGAAGGGAAACCACCACCAGUUUUUGCUUCUGAAGGCAAAUACAAAGCUCUGAAGAUGGAUUUUUCACUUCCUCCAUCUACAUAUGCUACCAUGGCCAUCCGAGAAGUGCUUAAAAUGGAUACCAGUAUCAAGAACCAGACCCAACUCAAUACGACCUGGCUCCGCUGAGCACCUUGUUCACAGAUUAGAAAAUGCACACAUGUGUUGCUUACUGGCUUCCUGUUCAUUUUUCUCUUAGUACAGACCCAUAUGUGGAUUUUGAAUCUUUGUAGUAAAAGAUUGUUUGUACUUUUUCAAUUUUUUUAUUAGCUUAAAUCGAUGAUUUGCAAUGUUUGUACACACAUACAAAUCCUGAGGAUCCUAACUGUAGCCCAGAGAAUAUAAAAUUGGUCAGAAUAUAUUUCAGGUGCUUCAAUCAUGGUAUUACAAUGCCAGCAUUACUGGCAUUAUAAUAAUGAGAAAGGACUUUGGUUUAAAGUAGUAAUUUUAGAUGUUUGCUACAUUCUUGAAGGACAACAGAAAUGUUUAACCCAUCCAUGAAUGGAGUACACAGCAAUGCAUUUUAAGACACAAAUGCAACAAAACAAAUCUUGACUAUGGAUAAAUAAUUUGAGAGCCCCUGCCUAAAUAUAAAUACAGUUCUCAUGCUUAUUUAAAUGAUAAUGAAACAGCUACAGGUUUAUAAACACAGCAGGGAUUGUCGUUAUCUAGCUCAUGUACCUGUACCAGGUUUAGGCAGGCAUUUAUAGACUUUUUAGUUCCAAUAGCUUUUGCAUUAUAUUAUUGUCUUGCAGGAAAGUUGCAUUGAUAGGGCUUUUUUUCCUGAUGUAAACAUUUGCCACUGUUUUUAUUAGUUAAGGUCUAAUUUUUACUCUAGGUGCCUUUUAUGUUCCGAACUCUUUUCACUGGUAUUUGCCCAAAAAUAAGUAAUAGCAGGGAAGAAAACUUAAAAAAUUUACAAGGGCUUCUCCUAUCAGCUGCAUUACCCUGUGUCACCAACAGCUUAGAUAGUUCCAUUUCAGGCAUUGCAUAAAAUUUUCCUCUGGUGUGAAAGGAUAAACAUGCCUUUCUAAAAUUAUGUGACAUAAUUGUACCGAUUUUUAUUUUCUAUCAUUUCUAAAACCAAACAUAAUAAAUAUUUUUUAAAACUCC